GGGACCCUCUCUCUCUCUCAAACACACUUCAACUGAAGUAAAGUGAAGUGAAGUGAAGUAGAGAAUGAGGAGUAAGAUUGGAUUUGAGAUGGUGGUAGUUUUGGUGACCCUUUUGCAUGUUUGUUUGGUUUGUGUCACUGCUUCUUCAUUAGGGAACAACUAUGAUGGAGAGCAUCUCAGAAGAAACCUUCUUGCUAAUGGACUUGGUAAAACUCCUCCUAUGGGGUGGAACAGUUGGAAUCAUUUCGCCUGUCAAAUUAAUGAAAAAAUGAUCCGAGAAACUGCUGAUGCCCUUGUUUCAACUGGUCUAUCUAAGCUUGGAUACACCUAUGUUAAUAUAGAUGAUUGUUGGGCUGAACUUAAUCGUGAUAAUAAGGGUAAUCUGGUGGGAAAGAAAUCAACAUUUCCAUCUGGCAUCAAAGCUCUUGCAGAUUAUGUUCAUAGCAAGGGUCUUAAGCUUGGAAUUUAUUCAGAUGCAGGGUAUUUUACAUGUAGCAAACAAAUGCCUGGUUCACUAGGUCAUGAGUUCCAAGAUGCCAAAACUUUUGCAUCAUGGGGCAUUGAUUAUUUGAAGUAUGAUAAUUGUUACAAUGAUGAAUCAAAGCCCACUGUGAGGUAUCCUGUUAUGACUCGCGCUUUAAUGAAGGCAGGUCGUCCAAUCUUCUUUUCGCUAUGUGAAUGGGGAGAUAUGCAUCCAGCUAAAUGGGGUGCUAAAGUGGGAAAUAGUUGGAGAACUACUGGUGACAUAACUGAUACAUGGGAAAGUAUGAUUUCAAGGGCUGACAUGAAUGAAGUUUAUGCUGAGCUUGCAAGACCUGGUGGUUGGAAUGAUCCUGAUAUGCUUGAGGUUGGAAAUGGAGGGAUGACAAAAAAUGAGUAUAUCGUUCACUUCAGUUUGUGGGCCAUUUCAAAGGCUCCUCUUCUUCUAGGCUGUGAUGUUAGAAAUGUGACUAAAGAGACCUUGGAGAUAGUUUCUAAUAAGGAAGUUAUUGCAGUUAACCAAGAUUCGCUUGGCGUACAAGCUAAAAAGGUUAGGAUGGAAGGUGAUGCUGAGAUAUGGGCAGGUCCUCUUUCAGGAUAUAGGGUAGCUGUUGUGUUGCUUAAUAAAGGCACUCAGAAGCAUAUAGAUAUAACAGCUAAUUGGGAUGACAUUGGCAUUCCACCAAAAACUGUUGUUCAAGCAAGAGACCUUUGGGAGCACAAGACAUUGAAGACACCUUUUGUGAACAAGUUGAGGGCAACCGUAGAAUCACACGCGUGUAAGAUGUUCGUGUUGAAACCAGUUGCAUGAGUUCUAGAAGACUAGAAGACAGUUACUUAGAUUGGAGCUUAUGGAAGCAUUGUUGGUAAUUGGAAAUAAGUUUGUUUAUUUCUGAGUAAAAUAAAAUAUCAACUUGUAUAUCAUGAGUUUCAGUUUAUUUAAUAAAGAUUGUUCAUCUGCUUCAACUUCAAUUAAUUGAAGUUUUCUAUUAAUCCCUCUAGAAUUCUAACUCAACAAUACCACAAAAACAUGAAAUAAUAUUGGAACUUACAUAUUA